AAUCUUAAAUUCGGACGACCCUGAAGGCCGCACUAGAAACAACGUCGUUUUGGGUGUAAACACUGGUGCCCUUCCUGCUCUGGGCUCUCUGCUACAAUCGAUUCUCUCCAUCUCACCACCAGUACUCGCGGUAAACCCAAGCCCUAGAUUCUGCAACCGGAUACUUCAUUGCUGCUUUGGCGUUCACGCAGAGAGAGAGAGAGAGAGAGAGAGAGAGAGAGAGAGAGAAUGUGGAGAUCAAUUGUAGCUCGAAAAUUGUUUCUAUCACGGUUGGCACUUCGAAACCCUUCUCAGGUACCUCAUAAGACGCUAAACUCCGUUUCAUAUUCGAAUCCUCCUCGUUCGUCAUCUCAUCUCUGUCAUGAUUCCGUAUCGCUCUCGAAGCCUAGAUAUUUUUCUCAAGUUUCAACGGAACUUACUGAUCUUGGUUCUGAUGCCCUUAAUGAAUCUCACAAUGAAUCGCCAAUGCCGGAUACUAGUGUUGGUUCUUCCAGUGACACAGUUAACGGGUUUGACGUGAACCCUAGUUUUGCUUCAUCUGACUUAGAGCGUUCUUCAGUGAUUUUUGAUGAAAACUUGGAUAAUGGCGACGCCCAAAUGGGCAGUGUUGCUUUGGAUGAUGAAAAGAAUGAGGUUGAGAUUGACAUGGAGAAAUUGGAGAAUGCGUUAUCUUUGCUACAGAGUAGUGUAGAAGGGUCUUUAGGCUCAAGCCUUGAGGAAAUGGGUUUGACUUUACAUGAAGAAUUUGUGCUGAGAAUACUUGAAACCCCACUCAUCCCGGGCGAGAACUUGCUUGGUUUUUUCAAAUGGGCUUUGAGAAACCCAGAGUUCUUGAUGACUACCAAGGCUUUGGAGGCACUUGUUGGGGCCAUAACCAGUGGUCUUAGGAAGAAAGAUGCUUAUGCCAUGUGGGAUUUGGUGAAGGAAAUUGGUGAGAGAGAAAAAGGUGUCCUCAGUGCAGAAAUUCUCAACAAGUUGAUUGCUUUGUUUUCAAAGUUGGGUAAAGGAAAGGCUGGAUUUGAAGUUUUUAAUAAGUUUGAGGAAUUUGGAUGUGUCCCGAAUGUGGAGACUUACUUUUUUACAAUUGAGGCUCUUUGUAGACGCUCUUUCUUUGAUUGGGCAUGGUCUGUCUGCGAGAAGAUGCUUAAUAUGGAAUGCUUGCCUGACAGUGAGGAAGUUGGAAAGAUCAUCUCUUGGUUUUGCAAAGGGAGUAGGUCUAAAGAGGCCUAUUCUGUUUACUUGUUCGCAAAGGAGAAGAAAAAGUUCCCACCUCAGCGUUCUGUUAAUUUUUUGAUUGGCACUCUCUGCCGAGAGGAUGAUUCAGUGCAUCUAGCUGUGGGGAUGUUGGAGGACUUCUCUGGCGAAGUGCGCAAGUAUGCCAUUAAGCCAUUUUCUUCUGUGAUUCGUGGUUUGUGUAGGAUCAAAGAUGUUGAGGGGGCCAAAAAAUUGUUGCUUAAGAUGAUUGAUGCAGGCCCACCUCCUGGAAAUGCAGUCUUUAGUUCAGUCAUUAACACUCUUUCAAAGAGUGGAGAUAUGGAAGAGGCUAGGAUGAUGAUGAAGUUGAUGGAGAGUAGGGGUUUGAAGCCUGACGUGUACACUUAUACUGUUAUAAUGAGUGGUUAUGCAAGCGGGGGUCAGAUGGAUGAGGCUUGUAGAGUCCUGUCAGAAGUCAAAAAGAAGCAUUCCAAGCUGAGCCCUGUGACUUACCACACACUCAUUCGUGGGUUUUGCAGACUUGAAGAAUUUGAUAAGGCCUUGGUGUUGUUGGAUGAGAUGAAAGAUUAUGGAGUACAUCCAAAUGCUGAUGAGUAUGGUAAAUUGAUCCAGUCUCUUUGUCUGAAAUCUUUAGAUUGGAAAACAGCAGAGAGAUUGCUAGAGGAAAUGAAAGGGAAAGGGUUGUAUCUCAAUGGGAUUACGCGGGGUCUUAUAAGAGCAGUUAAGGAGUUGGAAGAAGAGGAACUAAAGGCGGGAGAAUCAAGCAUUCAAAUAUAGUAACAGGUUAAUGGAGGUGGAUGCAUUAUGAUGUUGAAGUUUUUUGUUUGUUGUAGAAUUUUCUUUUUUCUUGCCCCCAACUUAAAAAUUGUUUUUUCCAUGAGAGUAAGAAUUAAGCUUCGCUGUUUAGUUCUUUUAAAUCCUAGUCGAACUUUGCUAUUUAUUUUUAAAA